UCUUGUCAGUCACAGACAUACCAUCAUUGUAAGUCUUCAUCACCAGAGUCAACGAGCAUCAUGAGGUACAGGGUGGUCACUACUUACCUCAUGUACCUGCUGUUGGUGCCAAGCCUGUCUCAAGAGUUAAAAGCUCGUGUGGUCGGUGGCACAGCGGAAGCGGGACGUCUGGAAAUCUUUUACAAUGAAACUUGGAACACAGUGUGUGGUAGAGGUUUUGGACAUGAAGAAGCUUUGGUAGCCUGCAGAAUGUUAGGAUUCAACAGCACAACAGCAGUAUCCGUGUGGUCAGUCAAGUACGGAGCAGGCUCUGGUCCUAUUCUGUUCAGUGGCCUGCGGUGUGUGGGGAACGAAACCAGCCUGGCGCAGUGUCAACACGCGGGGCUCUACAGACACAACUGUAAACGCUGGGAGGAUGUCGGCGUCAUGUGCAACUUUACUCAAGAGUUAAAAGCUCGUGUGGUCGGGGGCACAGCGGAGGCGGGACGUCUGGAAAUCUUUUACGAUGGAACUUGGAACACAGUGUGUGAUGACGAUUUUGGACAGGAAGAAGCUUUGGUAGCCUGCAGAAUGUUAGGAUUCAACAGUACAACAGCAGUAGCCGUGGGGUCAGUCGUGUACGGAGAAGGCUCUGGUCCUAUUCUGUUUAGUUACCUGCAGUGUGUGGGGAACGAAACCAGCCUGGCGCAGUGUCAACACUCAGGGCUCUAUAGACACUACUGUGAACACUCGGAGGAUGUCGGCGUCAUGUGCAACUUUACUCAAGAGUUAAGAGCUCGUGUGAUCGGUGGCACAGCGGAGGCAGGACGUCUGGAAAUCUUUUACGAUAGAACAUGGAACACAGUGUGUGGUAGAGAUUUUGAACAUGAAGAAGCUUUGGUAGCCUGCAGAAUGUUAGGAUUCAACAGUACAACAGCAGUAGCCGUGGGGUCAGCCAAGUACGGAGCAGGCUCUGGUCCUAUUCUGUUCAGUGACCUGUGGUGUGUGGGGAACGAAACCAGCCUGGCGCAGUGUCAACACUCGGGGCUUUACAUACACGACUGUGGACACUCGGAGGAUAUCGGCGUCAUGUGCAACUUUACUGACCAGAUGACAUCACGUCUGGCUGGCGGCACUUCACAGGCAGGACGUCUGGAGAUAUUUUUCAACGAAGAAUGGAGCACAGUGUGUGACGAUAAGUUUGGACAGGAAGAGGCUGAGGUAGCUUGCAGGAUGCUAGGAUUUAAAAGCAGUAAAGCAGCAGCUGUCAGCAGCAGUAGAAAUGGACAAGGUUCAGGUCACAUUCUGCUUAAUAAAGUGGUCUGCAAGGGAACAGAAACCAGUCUAGCACAAUGUCAACAUGACCCCCUGUACACCAAAUACUGUAAUCACUCGCAAGACGUUGGCGUCGUCUGUAACAUCACCAGCAAGAUGUCAGCGCGGUUGGUUCACGGUACAUCUGCGGCGGGGCGACUUGAGAUCUUGUUUAACGAGGAAUGGACUACAGUGUGUGACACAGGGUUUGGACAGGAAGAGGCGCAGGUAGCCUGCAGGAUGUUAGGAUUCAACAGUACUGGAGCAGCAGCUGUGAGUUCAGUUGUAUAUGGAGCAGGGUCAGGCAACAUUUUGCUCGACGGUCUGAAUUGCAAAGGAACAGAAACUAGUCUGGGAAUCUGCUCUCACAACAUGCUUUAUCAAACCUCCUGCAAGCAUUCGAAUGAUGUUGGCAUCGUCUGCGACAUAGAACUACGUCUGACAGGCACUAGUCGCACCAGACAAGACCUGGGCCUUGUAGAGAUGAAGACCGGGAGCACGUGGCAAGCUGUUUGCGUGUCUGACGUGAAGACGGCGACAGUAGCGUGCAGACAACUCCGUCUACCCACAGGGGCAGCCGUGUACACAGAUGGAUUGUCAUAUAAGGCUAGUAAUAGCCCUGUGCUAAAGGUAUCUUUCACCUGUGAGAGCCAUGAAAACAAUCUUUUCCAUUGCGGUCAGAAUGUAGACGGCUACAAGAGUGAGUGCGACCUCAGCGAUGUGGGAGUCUUUUGCAGCGACACCCCUUCUGUUUAUAUCGUGUCUGCAAAUGAGUCGUAUCCGCUGAUGGCUGGAAAAACAUCAGCUCUCAGGUGUCUGACCCCAAACAGUCACACAAUAGAAGAAAAGCCCACUUGGUCAGAAACAGCAGGUGGUCGUCCUGAUGGAGAUCUUCUUAUCUUUGAGCCUCUGACCAGGACACACAAUAUGAGACGAGUGACAUGCAAUUUUACGUCUGUCAACAAUAUAUCUGGUGAUAGCCUCCUACUUAUGGUUUAUUAUGAUCCGCUCAUCAGAAUAUCACCAAUGAAUAAUGUGAAUACAACAAGGACUGAAAAAAACCAUGUCCUGUAUGAGAUCACUCAUGGACAGGAUGUCAUAUUUGUUUGUGACGCUGACAGCAACCCACCUCCUGCUUCCAUUACUUGGCGAGGAGUAGUAAGCAAUAAUACCGGGGAACUACGUAUUACAGCAGCAGACAACAGACACAGUGGUACCUACACCUGUACCGUGACUACUGAAACAGUUGAUGAUGAUGACCGCCUCCCACUGCAGUCAUCAUACCAGUUGACUUUAAUUGUUAAAGGUUUUAUUCAUCAUCUGUCACUAUUAUUAAUGCUAUCACGUGUUUAAAGGGAAAGUAAAGUAGCAAAUAAAAUCAAAUGGUAGAUGCUGAUGUUCUAAAUCGUUCCUGUUUUAUAGUUUUGUGUUACAAAGCAGCUUACGUAUACUCUUUGUACACAAAGCACAUUUUCCGAAUACACAGUAUAAUAAACAGUGACUGCUCAUGAUAAGCAUAGAAACUACGAGUCAAGCGAUCACCAAAAUAAAAAAAAUGAGUAAGUCUCAAUAAAAAAGCGCUGAAGUAUCAAUUUACUAGGAAUCUAUAGCACCAUGGGGUUGGAAACCAAGAAGCUUUAUGUAAAUCAUUCUUUUGUGCGCUACCACCUAUCCGCUUUCUUCAAAAAGACUUUUGUCCCAAGAAAAGCAAUUUUAAAGUAAGCCAAAAUGUUUGAGCAGUAAAAUUAGAACAUCAGUGUCUAUUAUUUAAGUUUAACAUUUGUUCUUUGCCUCUCAGCCACAUAACACUGUCUUGCUUCUCAUAUCCAUUUUGUAAACAUAAACAAAACUAAGGUAACAUCACAGCUUGACCACCGAGACUCGUAGAGCCAAGCGCAGCGCGUGUCGUGUCCACAGUGACUGAUGUCAUGUUCUUUAAAUCACUUUGGAUUGUCACAACGUCCAGAAAACAGUCAGAAGUCAGAGGUAAGAAGAUAAUAUAAAAAGACUCUGUCUGGAGACUGUGCAUACGAUGUAGAAAAUUGUGAAAAUAAAAACCUAGUAUCAAUUAGCGAUUUCGUUGUAACUCUUUAGUUUUGUGUAUCUUCCUGACUUGCUGUUAACGCAUUAAAAAACGCACAUACAAAUUAAUUGUGUUAUACAUACAAUAACACUUUAUGAAAUAAUAAUAUUGUUAUCUGUGCAGGUUGCGAAGUUUUCAAUCUUAUUGUGUUCUACGCAUAUUGUGUCUCAAUGUAUCUGCAAUAAAUUCCGCAGCGCACAUUCAGCGUUCUGAAAUAGGUAAUGAAUGUCCACCAAACACAUCAUCAGCCUAAAAACAAACGAUUGGUCAUAGGAGGCCAAGAAUCUGCUGUAUUAAGAAAAAGACUUCAAUGGAGACGAUAUCUGCUUGGAGGAAAGAUUUAUGUUGCCGGUGGUUUUUUUUUCAAAGGCGUUGUCUUGCUGCGUAUGUAUGUUGUUAUUAUUAAUAUUAUUAUUUUUAUUAAUGUUAUUAUUAUUAUAGUUGUUAAGCGUUUAAAUAUUCAGAUAAAAGACAAACAUAUGUUUUCUGCUUUCUAUUACUUACAAUCUAAGGAUUCCAUAAGCAAUGAAAGUGAAAAUAUUUCUUUAAACAAAUUGUGUUAGUAAAAUCGUUGAUGUAAUGUCUUGUCAUUAUCUUAUCGCAGAAAACAACAAUUACAAAGAGAGAGAGAUGGAGAAGACACUCCUGUGUAAGCUUUAUAUUAAAGACACGUUACUGUCUGUACAAGAUAUUUUUGUUUGGGUCAGCCAUCAUUAUACUGCUUGCAGCUUUUAACCAAACUACAUUGGUCGAAAGAAUACAAGAACAAUAAUAUUUAUUCUGUUCUUUUCCUGAAUCUUUAAUGUUAUAUUAUUUUCAUUUUAUUGAAGCAGGCCAUACACAUGUCCGCUUUGUUCUGAUGCCCACUUUAUUUUGACAUUUAUGGCUAAUAGCUUUGCAGAACCCACAACACUGCCUUUAAUCUCAAAUUAAAUAAAAGGGAGAGCAGAAACGACCAUCGCCGAUUGUCAAUCGUCUAAAAUUAUCGCUAAGAGCUUAGCGUACAAUUUCUAAACACACCGAAGACCUCAUAUCUAUUGUUUCCAAAUUAAACUAUCAAAGAUUAACAUUUGAAAAAAAAAAUUGUUUGACGAAAGAAGCGAGGACUUUAUUUAACAAUUCCCGUAAAGCACAGUCACACAUUUUGCCCAUUUUUACUCAUUAUCUGUAAAUUAUCCCUCCUCCCACAGAUAGAGUUUAAGGUAAAUUGCUUAUUUUUUUCCAGAUUCUAUGUUUGUUGGUGGAGUUUAAGAAAGAAAUGGUAACCAGUCAUGGACGAGAUGAAUAGAUCACUGAAUGGAGUACAUGGAAAGAUACACCAAGGAAAUAUGCAUCAAGUUGAAAUCCAUAAAACAAAAUUUAUUUUUUAUUUAAAAACCACACUAUGUUUGUAAAAUAAGAAUAUACAUUAGAAUGUCAUUAUUAUAUGCUGUCUUCUUCUCAUUUUCGUUUUUUGAAGUAAAAAUCCAUGUUAAAUUGAGUAACCGGCAAGUGACAUGGCCUUUGAUCAACUUGAUUACUUUUAAACAUUAAGAAAUACAUAGCUAGCGGACUUUUCACCCCUCACAUGUUAAGGGGAGGUAAUUUGAAGUAGCUAAAUUCCUAAUGGGUCCAGUAGCUACAUCCCUUAAUUAUAUUAUUAUUUGCGCACAGAGAGAUGUGUUGUAUGAUGCUACCUUACUUGUGAGCGCAAACUACUCUGACCUGUAAUUUAAUCUUUUCAUUUUAUAUUCUCCAACAGCACAGACCAUGUCAGCUGAGUGUUUCUUCUGAUGGGAGACUACAAUCACAUGGACCAGCAAGCUAAGCACAGAGAACAGCACAACCCAUACUUAUGAAAUCUGUUUUAAACAACAGUCUGAAGAAGGAAGAACAAUCAUUAAACUGUUUUACAAUAAGAGAAAGAAGAUAAGCACUAUCAGAUUAGUUAAAAACUUUACUUUAUUCAUCAUAAUUUUGAAAUAUAUUUGGAUACAAUCAGACAUUUGCCAUGAGGAAUUUUGUAUUUGAUAAAAGUACUCACACUAUAUAAGUGUUCCUCUGUGUGAGAGAGAGAGAGAGGGAUUAUGAUUCUGUCGAUAAUUUUAGGUCACAUUUCUUUUUUGUACUUUUGUAAUUUUGCCUAGGAAGACUAUUUUUAGAUAUUUUUUAACAUAGACAUUGCUCUAUAAAUAAAAGAGAAAAUUAACUGUUUUCUUACUUACUUAUUAAGAUUAUUUAAGCUCGUGCUCAGUUAAUUUUACCAGUCAGUUAAAUUUCUGUGUCCCUUUAUAAUUACAUGAUGAUCACUACACAAACACACGUUUUGUGUUUUUAAUGGUCUACAUGCACAUCAUUAUCUUACCUAUCUAAACAUUUUCUGUUAAUUUUAAGAAAAUGUCAAUCGACUACUAUCCAUAGUUUAUCAAAUCUUUAAUUAAAUAGGUUAAUAAAUCUUUAAUAAAUCUUAUUUGCUGCUGCUGUCGGUGUUAACUUUGAUUUGUACGUCCUGUUCAUCUAACGAAACUAAUCCAUUCUUCACUGCAAUGAGCAAGAAAAUUCAUAGUGUCAAAGAACGUUAAUGUUUAAGGUUGAAAGGACAUCAGCAGUGUGUAUCCUUAAAGUGAUUGGCUUCUUCCCAUUUUCCAUUUUUGUAAUAUUUCCUUUGUGUGAAUACGUGAAUGCAAAUUUUCGCGAUGAUGCUGUGUAGUUUGGUGUAUUUAAGGUGAGAAUUAUCGUGCUGAAGUAUGGGUUGAAGGCUGAGUGGAAUGUUCUGUUAUGUGAGGCCUAAGCCUGACUGAAUCUGAUGAAAUGGUUGAUCGAAAAGGUAAAUGUGUAUUGUACAAGUAAGAAGUAGCUUUUUCUUUAAUAAUAAAUCCUGUAGCCUUCAUCAUGUCUGUGUACUGGCAGGCAGUGGGUAAAGGGAGGUAAGCAAGUACAACGUUAAUUGCCCUUGUCUGUACAGCUACGGGUCGUCUUUCGUGUUGGGAAAGAAAUGUCUUUAGUGAUAUUUCAUUUUAAAAAAACGCCUAGUGACCAUCGUUUGAUUAACAUUUAUCAGUUUUAUCGGGAACAUAAAUUUCUUGAAUAUUUUUUGUUGUGUUACAUAAAUUGUUAUGAAUGUUAAUACAUAGUUUACCUCAUGUCCAAUGCUCCUUGUAGUGAUGAUAAUGUAAAUUUUAAACAGACAUUUCUAAUUAGAUGCGAGUUAAGUGUUUUGUGCAAG